UCGCUCGAUUGUUUGACAUUUGCCCAUUCGUUUGCUUCCCGGUGCAAUCGGUACAUUUGUUUGUAAAUUUAUAAAGCUGAUACCAAAUUUUCCGGCAAAGUUACGCCUGCAUCAGGAGAUUAAGAGCUGGAAAAGUAUUUGAGAUAAAAACAGUUAUAUUUAGCACGCCUUCUCUUGUUUCAUAAACAAACCGAGCCUUCUAGUGGACGUGUGACCAAAUAAGCCAAAUAAGCCAAACAGUGUACAAACAUGGCGGGACUGGAAUCGAUGAUAGUGGAAGAAAAGCAGCAACCGACGAAAUCUGUGGAUCGGGAAAAGACAUGUCCACUGUUGUUGCGCGUGUUUUGCUCGACCGGACGCCACCAUUCGACGAACGAGUACUCCUACGGCAAUGUACCCUCGAACGAACUGCAGAUCUACACCUGGAUGGAUGCAACGUUGCGGGAACUGACGACGCUGGUGCGCGACGUAAAUCCGGAGACUCGUCGUAAGGGUACGUACUUCGACUUUGCCGUCGUAUAUCCGGACCGUGGGUCGAUGUACCGUAUGCGCGAAAUCGGCGUUACCUGUUCCGGCCAGAAGGGUGCCGAUGAUGCUAAAACGUUAGCACAGGCAAAGUUUACGAUCGGUGAUUUCAUGGAUAUUAAUAUUACGCCACCGAACCGAAUUCCACCGCCACGACGUCAGCGACCGUACUAAAGCACCGGUAACAGCGAUAUAUUAAGGACAUCUCCAUUUCGACUAAUCGAUCAGAUAACCAAAUUCUGCCAUCCUCGAGCGAUUUGCAAAUGAUGACUUUUCACGCGACUAGCAGUGAAGGAAGAAAGCUCAACACGCACGUGAUUUUUAGUAUUUCCGUUCACGCACACACAGACACAUCAUGCUGUGCCGGAAAGCUUUAUUUCGUCUCUCAUCUUCAAAAUCAGUAGUGUGCGUUUUUCCCUUUUUAAUUACAACUUACUAUUGAGCUAAACGAACAGCUGUAUGUAAGAAAUUAUCCCUUUUUGGAGUGAUAAGCGCGUGUGCUUGCAAUAAAUACAAUCUAUUCCUACAUUC